AUGGACUCGAUUGCUAUCAUCGGGUACUCAUUCAAGCUCCCCGGAGCGGCUGAGGAUGACGCAUCCUUGUGGGAUAUGCUGGAGCACGGCCGGAAUGUCAUGACCCCCUGGCCGAAAUCGAGGACGAAUGUUGAUGCAUUCUACGAUCCAGAAUCGUCGAGACCGAACACGCUUCACCACAAGGGAGCGCACUUCGUCGAUGGAGACCUCACAGCUUUCGAUGCGCCCUUCUUCGCCAUGUCCUCGAGGGAGGCCACCUCUAUGGACCCCCAGCAGCGAUGGCUACUGGAAGCAUCUUAUCGAGCAUUCGAAAAUGCUGGAAUCCCGGCUGAAAAAGUCGCCGGCACAGAGACGUCGGUGUUCGCGGCCUCCAUGGGGACAGACUUCAUGAAUAUUGUCUCCAAGGAUGCCGACACAGCCCCGGUCAAUACGGCCACCGGAACCACGGCCUCGUUCUUGGCCAGCAGAUUGAGUUGGUAUUUCGAUCUCAAGGGGCCUAGCAUGCAGGUCAACACCGCAUGUUCGACCAGCAUGAUUGCCAUAGAUCUGGCAUGCCAGUCUCUGCGAAGCAAUCAGUGCUCCAUGUCCCUGGUUGCAGGAGCCAAUAUCCUGAUCGAUGCCGAGUGCUCUAUGUUCUUGAAUAACAUGGGUUUCUUGUCCCCAGACAGUCUGUGCUACAGCUUCGAUGAACGAGCCAACGGCUAUGCCAGAGGUGAGGGUGUCAUUGUAGUUCUCUUGAAGAGAUUACCAGACGCGAUCCGAGAUGGCGACACGAUUCGCGCUGUCAUUCGCGGCACAGACACAAACCAAGAUGGACACACUCCUGGCAUUACAAUGCCAAGUGCUGCUUCCCAAGAGGCACUGAUUCGGAAGGUGUACAAGACCAAUGGCCUGAGUUUUGACCAAACACGCUACAUCGAAGCUCACGGUACUGGUACCCAGAUCGGAGACACGAUUGAGACAUCUGCAGUUGGUCGAGUGUUUCGGCAUAGCCGCUCUCCUGAAGAACCACUCUAUGUGGGAUCUAUCAAAGCAAAUGUCGGCCAUCUUGAAGGAGGCAGCGGUUUGGCCGGAAUCAUCAAAGGUAUCCUGAUGCUCGAAAAGGGAGUCAUCCCGCCCAACGCCAACUUUGAGAAGCUAAACCCCAAAAUCAACGCCAAACUGUACAACAUCAAGAUCCCUACCUCGGUUGUUCCAUGGCCUAGCAAGGGGCUGCGCCGCAUUGGCAUCAACUCGUUUGGGUUUGGCGGUUCAAACGGCCAUGUAAUCAUGGAUGAUGCCUACCAUGUUCUCGAAAGUUUAGGGCAAAAGGCAAAUCACCACACCAUAGUUGAUGUCCCUUCGCCUGUCACGAAUGGCAAUGGACAUGUCAAUGGUGACGAGCCCGCCGCCGAGGCAGUCACAAAUGGCAAUGGCUAUGAGGCUACGAAUGGACAUUCUGAAGCGACUGAGACGGCCACAAAUGGCAAUGGUCAUGAGGCUGUGAAUGGACACGUUGAGGCAGCUGAGACGGCCACAAAUGGUAAUGGACAUGAAGCUACGAACGGACAUACCGCCACAACUGCUCCUGAUAUCCAGCUAUCCGACCUCAAGCUUUUGGUAUGGAGCGCCAAAGACGAAGCUGCCUUGAAGCGCGUACUUCAACAAUACUCUAAACACUAUGAAGUUGCUGGUCUGGAUCAAGACCUGGAGGCCUUGGCUUACACUCUUUCCCAGAGGCGAAGCAUAAUGAGCUGGAAAUCCUUUACUGUUACUAACAGCAAAACCGGUCCUGCAGCUAUCUCGAAGAGUGUUUCGAGUUCAACACGAUCAUCCAGGCAGUCCACUUUGGCCUUCGUCUUCACAGGACAGGGUGCUCAGUAUGCCAAGAUGGGUCUUGAGUUGAUCCAGUACCCUGUUUUCAAGUCAACUUUGGAACAAAUUGACAGAAUCUUCACUCAAUUGGGAGCCGAGUGGUCGCUUUUCGACAAACUUCAGAGCAAGGACGAAAUAAGCAAGCCCCAGUACAGCCAACCGCUAUGCACGGCUCUUCAAAUAGCGCUGAUUGAGCUGCUUGAGUCCUUCAACAUUACCCCGUCUGCCGUCGUGGGCCAUUCCUCAGGAGAGAUUGCUUCCGCGUACUCUGCUGGCGCGCUGUCUCUUGAAUCGGCGUGUAAAGUGGCAUAUCAUCGUGGUAGGCUCGCAGGUCAGCUUGUUGCGACCUUGAGUGCAACACCUGGAGCAAUGAUGUCGGCCAAUCUCCAAGAAGAUGAGGUCGAGGAGUACUUGGCAAAGAUUCCUCUCAAGUCGACUGUGCACAUCGCUUGCGUCAACAGUCCCACCAACGUCACGCUCUCCGGAGAUGAAGCUGACAUUGACGUCUUGAAGGAGUAUCUGGAUGAGUCCAGCAUCUUCGCCCAGAAGCUGAAGACAGGCGUGGCAUAUCACUCCCCUGCUAUGCAAUCGAUUGCCGAUGAAUACCUCCAGUCUCUAGGUGAUUUGCAAGAGGGAGACGCUCGCCGUGGAGAUAUUCUGAUUGUUUCGUCUGUCACUGGACAGAAGGAGGCACGCUCUCAGUUCACAGAGGCUAGCUACUGGGUAGAGAACCUGACGUCGCAAGUUCGAUUCAGUGAUGCACUCCAGUAUAUUGCUGUGGCGGCCCCUGAGGCGGAUGGACUCGCCUCGAUCACCGACUACCUCGAAGUUGGACCGCACGCAGCUCUGAAGCGGCCAGUCAGCGACACUCUUACCCCAGUCGACAACAAGAAGGGCUGGAGAUAUUCCUCUCUCCUUUCGAGACUGGAAUCCCCGGUCAAAUCAGUGCUGGAAUCAGUCGGUCGCCUCUUCUCCCAAGGGUUCCCAGUGUCAGUUCUUGCCGCCAACCAGCAGCAAGACAUUCCCCUUCCCGUUCCCUUCCUCACCAACACUCCUCAGUAUCCCUUUGACCACUCUCAAACUUACUGGCACGAGUCGCGCAUCAGCCGACAAUGGCGACAACGCGAGCCUACUAAGGGUAGCCUUCUUGGGUUCCGGUCAGCUGACUGGAACCCCCUCGAGCCACGCUGGCGCAAGAUUCUCAGUGUAGAGGAGAUGCCCUGGCUCGCAGAUCACGUUGUCGAGGAAACCAUUUAUCUCCCUGCUACGGGAUCACUGGUCAUGGCUCUCGAAGCUGUCAAUGAGAUGGACGAGAGGCCCAAGGCCAUAUCUGGUUACAGGAUCAAGGACGCAACCUUCAAAGCCCCCAUCGUCAUUCCUGCCGACGAGGGCAAGGCUGAGGUUGUGACGCAGCUGCGCCGGCUUCAGCUGGCCCAUACCAAGGCCACGCCUCGCUACGAGGUCAAAUUAUUUACCUGCGCUGACGAUUACUGGAACGAAUGCUUGAGUGUCACCAUCUUCGUUGAAUACAAAGAUAUUGCUCCGAACGAAGUGGAUGGAGGACAAGAAGCCGUCAUUGCCGCUGAGGCACUGGCUCGCACAUUCUCUAGUGCGGAUGAGCUGUGCAAGGACACUAUCGAGACUGAAACUUUCUACAACUGGCAUAAAGAGCAGGGCCUCAAGUACGGCGACGCCUUCCUGUUAGCUGACCACCUCCGCUGGAAUGGUGAAGAUCUUGCAAUGUCUACUGUUGACGUUGCGCCUCCCGCAGAGCCAUACAAGGGUAUUUUCCACCCGGCAGUGCUUGACGCUUCUUGCCAGAUGUGUUUCAUCUCGCCUUCACAGGGAAUGGUAAAGAAACUGCCAACCAUCAUCCCCCACAAGAUCUCAUCCGCCUGGCUCUCCGCCACUGGCUGGCAGUAUCCCGAUACCAACCGCAUCCGAACAAUGGCGAAGUCCAAGGUCAAGAGCACCUCCAUGGGAGCUGAAGCUUCAUUCAUUGUCGUGGGAGAUGACGGGAAGCCACUCUGCCACGUAGAGCAUGUGGACAUGCACCCCGUUAAGGGCGAAGAUGAGGCAGCCAGUACAGAUGUACCGAAAUUGCUACACGGUAUCAACUGGAAGCCUCAGCUGUCACUUCUUAAGCCUGACCAGCUUCAGAAGUUCUGCAAUGUGGAUCACUUUGAUGAUGAUGAGACCGAAGCAGCCAAAUACUGCAUCAGGCUCAAGAACGUCUGCUUGGCAGCCAUGAAGUUCCACAUGAAAGAGAUGCAAGAGACGGACUGGUCCAAAGCGCCAUCCCACAUGAAGCAGUUUGUCGCUUGGAUGGAAAGAGAACUCGGAAAGAACACUGUUGAGACCCUGACCGCUGAAGAACUGGCCAAGGAGCUGGACGUGGUGCGCGAGAUGCGGCCAGCAGCCAGAAUGUUCAUCGAGAUCGCCGAAAAGCUUGCGACAAUCGUCAGCGGUGAGACGGACAUUGUAGGACUCUUGUUCUCGACUUCUCUGGCCCAGGACCUCUACGACACGCUCUUUGAGCGCAUGGACAACCCCAAGCUUGAGUCAUACGUCCAGCUCCUGGCGCACGAAGUCCCCGAGCAGAAGAUCCUCGAAGUUGGCGCUGGCACUGGUGGCAUGACGAGCGUCCUCCUGUCUUACCUUGAUCGCCUCGAGGAGCGCACUGGCGGAACUGCCUUCUCAGAGUACGCCUACAGUGACAUCUCGACUGGAUUCUUCGACAAGGCUCUUAAGCGUUUUGGCAAGUUCCAAGAUCGCAUGACUUUCAAGACUUUUGAUCUUGAGAAGGAUCCCCUCACUCAGGGGUGGCAGGCACGAUCUUACGAUGUCAUCUUUGCCGGCAGUGUUAUCCAUGCUACUCGCAACCUCAACAACACGAUCCAGAACCUCCAAAAGCUCCUGAAGCCAGGCGGUAAGCUGAUCAUGCAUGAAACUACAGCCGAGGAGUGUUUCCAGAUCUCAUUUGGCUUUGGUCCCCUGUCUGGUUGGUGGCUAAGCGAGGAGGAGUACCGUCCGUGGGGUCCGAUCAUCACAGUUCCUGAAUGGGACAGAGUACUCAAGGAGAAUGGAUUUUCCGGAAACGACCUGGUCAUCAAAGAUUUCCAGAGUGAUGACGCCUACUGGGGUAGUAUGAUCAUGACUACUCUUGGGCAACCAGCGGGCAGCGAGCUUCAAGAGACCGAGAUCCUGCUCGUGGUAGAUGAAGAAGACAGCUACAAGGUGACCCUGGCUUCGUUGAUCGUUGAGGCCUGGGCUGCCAAUGGCCGGGGAUACAAGCCCAAAACUGUUUCUCUGGGACAGUUGGACGAAGCGUCCCUUUCUUCGACAAAGUAUGAGCACGUCGUAUUCUUGGGAGAACAAGGCUCUUCUUUCCUAGCCAAUCUGUCUGAGGCGGCUUUCGGCAAGCUUAGGGCGUUCAUCAACGCUUCAAAGAACAUCUUGUGGGUAUCUACAGUUGAUGGCAGCGAUCCUUCCGUGUCUGCUUAUGCCGGACUCAAGGAUGGUUUCCUCCGAACUCUUCGCUCGGAGUAUCAAGGAAAACGCAUUGUAUCCCUUACUUUGCCCGACACACAUUUGCCCGAGGCAUCUGCCGCAGACAAGAUUGUGUCCGUCUUUGCAUCCGCAUUUGACAUUCUGUCUCCAGAAGAUGAAUACUUAGUUAAGGAUGACUUGAUCCUGACUGGCAGGGUCAUCCAGGAAACAGCCCUGAACCAGAACAUGGGAUCCUCAGUUGUUCCUCAAAUAAAGAAGGAGAGCUGGCUCCCUGGACCCCCACUCAAGGUCGACGUGUUGAAGCGUGGAUCGAUUGAUACAUUGAGCUUUGUUGAGGACCCCGAAUACUAUGAGCCUCUCAAGCCAAAGGAGGUCGAAGUUGAAGCCAAAGCUUGGAGUGUCAAUUUCCGUGACAUUUUCCUCGCCCUCGGUCGUCUUGAGGACGCGGAAGGUAUGGGAUCAGACUGCGCCGGUAUCGUCACCAGAGUCGGCUCCGAGGUCACGGCCUUCAAGCCCGGCGAUCGUGUUAUUAUGGGCAGCACCGGAUGUAUGAAGAUGUAUGCCCGAGAUGAGGAGGGAUGCAUUACCAUGAUGCCGGAUUCCUUGUCAUUCGAGGGAGCAUGCAGUAUCCUGAAUGGAGGUUCUACCUCGUACUACGCUCUCGUCGAGGUCGCUCGCCUGCAGAAGGGUGAGAAGAUUCUCAUCCACGCAGGAUCGGGUGCUACUGGACAGCUCGCGAUCCAGAUCGCUCAGAUGGUUGGAGCCGAGAUAUUUACCACAGUAGGCUACGAUCACAAGAAGCGUCUCCUCAUGGAUGAGUAUAAUAUCCCAGAGGAUCACAUCUUCUACAGCCGUGACACGAGCUUUGCCAAGGGUGUAAAGCGAGUGACCAACGGCUACGGUGUAGACGUUGUGCUCAACUCACUUGCCGGAGACGGGUUGAUCGCAUCCUGGGAGUGUAUCGCUCCUCACGGACGAUUCAUCGAGAUCGGCAAGUCUGAUAUCCACAACAACUCAUCCCUGCCCAUGGCCUACUUCGCCAAGAAUGUGACCUUCUCCGCUGUCGAUCUGCGCCAUGUGGCACAGUGCCGAAAGGACAUCUCGGCGAAAUUGCUUCCUGGGUUGAUGGUCCUAGCUGAGGAAGGCAAGGUCUAUCCCUGCAAGCCGACCGUAACGUACGGGCUCGAGGAAAUUCACGAAGCCUUCCGAUUGCUCCAGAGCGGAAAGAAUACUGGCCGAAUCGUGGUCAAGAUCGAACCCGGUGCCAAGGUUGAGAAACACCUCAUCAACCGUAGACUGUGGACUUUCCCAGAGAAUGCCACCUAUCUCAUCGCAGGAGGCCUCGGAGGUAUCGGACGCUCCAUUCUUACAUGGAUGGCCAGCAAGGGAGCUAAGAAUCUCGUUGUCCCUACACGAUCUGGAGCGUCAUCCGAAGCAGCGGCCGAGACAGUCAAGGCUUUGACUGAGCAAGGCGUAAAUAUCCUGACGCCCAAAUGCGAUGUUACAUCGAAGGAAUCACUCUCUAAGUUGCUUGAAGAGGUCAAGACUACUAUGCCGCCGAUCCGAGGAUGCAUCAACGCAGUCAUGGUGCUACAGGACUCAGUAUAUGAAAACAUGACUCACGCACAGUGGGAUACAGCCGUCCGCUCAAAGGUUGGCUCCUCGGUAAACCUCCACAACCUCCUGGGUGACGGUCUAGACUUUUUUAUUCUCCUUUCCUCGGGUGCUGGUAUCGUCGGAAACAUCAGUCAGUCCAACUACGCAGCCGGAUCAACAUUCCAAGAUGCCUUGGCUCGCUACCGUGUAUCCAAGGGCCAACGUGCAACAGCCAUCGAUUUGGGGCUGAUGCGAACUAUUGGUAUCGUGGCUGAGACAGAGACACUACAGAGGAACUUUGAGAGGUCAAUCGGACUCGCCCAGAUUGAGGAGGAUGAGUUCUUGACACUGAUGGAUAUCUGCUGCAAUCCCGUGGAAUCCAAUAUCGAGAACAAGAGCCAAAUGACAGUUGGCCUCAUCACACCAGCAGACAUGCUUGCAGCAGGAGUAGAGGUUGCUGAAAUGCUACAGAGACCGCUGUUCUCCUACUUCAGCCGCCCACGCGGCCUCGCGUCUUCCGGCAACGUUGCAGAUACCGUGAAUUUUGCAGCUUUGUUCCGGCAGGCCACAUCAGCUGAGGAGCGCGCCGGUAUUGUCACAGAAGCUCUGGCGACUAAGCUGGCAAGGGCUCUGACGAUGAAGGUCGAGGACAUUGAGACUGACCAGCCCAUCUACAGCUAUGGAGUGGACUCAUUGGUGGCCAUUGAACUGCGGAAUUGGAUAUCAAAGGAGUUCGGCGCAGAUGUGCCGGUCUUCGAAAUCAUUGGAGGAAAGUCAGUGUCGGCACUCGGUGAUCUGGUGACGAAGUCGACUCAUGUAACCAAGAAAGCGGCUUGA